UGCCACGUCAGCAGUGCCACGUCAGCAGUGCCACAUCAGCAGCAGUGCCAUGUCAGCAGUGCCACAUCAGCAACAGUGCCAUGUCAGCAGUUCCACGUCAGCAACAGUGCCAUGUCAGCAGUGCCAUGUCAGCAACAGUGCCACAUCAGCAGUGCCACGUAAGCAACAGUGCCACGUAAGCAACAGUGCCACGUCACAGUGCCACGCCACCAUGACGGGCGCAGCUCUGGGCAUGCCAGGCCAACCGGCCAACGAGUCUAUUGCCGACUACAAACAGUGGUUCCAGACUCAGCUCGCACUGAUCAAGGCUAAGGAACAGCGCCAGCUGGCAGCCAAGGCUGCCCGCCUACAGGCUGAAGCAGCGGCAACAGCUGAGAAGCAGCGGCUUCAGGCCGAAGCAGAUGCAGAUACCCAGGCACGCCGAAAGGAAGCCCAGGAUCUGCUGCAGCGGCAUGAAGCCGCCAGCAUCAAAAGACUCAAGUAUUGGCACUUUGAACCAUCUGAAGGGCACGAUGACGCGACACCGGAGGAACAGCACAGGGAAUUCAUGGCCAAACUCGUGACUCGGUUGGUUUACACUUGUAACCACCUGCAGUCCGAGCUGGUGAAUAUGCAGCGGGCCAUGCGAACCCACAAGGCUCAGCAUGAGGAUGCAGCACGGACACUUGAUUCCCGUAUGCAGGACUUGGAGCAAGUUGCACCAAGACCGGAGGCUGGCGAGUCCAGCAAUGCACCCUCUGCCCGCCAACUGGAGCAACGAGUCGAUCACGUCGUCGCAAUGCUCGGCGACAUCAACACCUUCGCUGCGCCAACCACCAUCAGCAAACAGCUGGAUACCUUGAAGACCGAGGUUCAACAACUGAAGCUGCCUAACAAGGAUGGCAACAGCACAACGCAUUACAAGAUGCCGACUUUCCAAAUUGAGAAGUUCGAUGACUACACGCAUGAAGACCCGGUCCUCUUACGACGCAACUGCGGAUUCUGUUCGUCAUGUGCUGCAUUGAGCCUUGCACUUGGUGAUCGCGAGCAAUAUGCAACCUUCGCUGAAAUCAUUGACAAGGCGAGGGAGAUCAUCAAGACCAACAGGGCGGUUGCACACGAGAAGUCAACGUGGCAGCCAACCUAUGUGGAGAAGGUGACAACUGGUCCACGACCGCAGCAGUUCGCUGCACUCCAAUCGAACAAUAUUGUGAAAGACCCGACAGCCACCCAAGCGUCACGUGAGGGAGAUCAGGUGGCUGUUGUCCAGCCGCGAAGCAACAACAAGUCCCGAGGAAACGGGAAGGCGAAAACCGCAUCGCCGGCCGGAAACGGACAGCCAGCACCAUGGGUCAAGUUUCACUUGACCGAGGCCGAGUACAAGUUCCGCGGCCGCUACGGCUGCUGCUAUUGGUGCAACAGCACCAAGCACAAGCCAUCCCUCUGCCAGGAUCAGCGCCAGAAGGAUGUUCGGCCUCUACCAACUCCGUUGAUGGACGCCGGAGUAGAGGUUGUCGACCUUCACGCCUACAUUGCGAAGAUCGACCGCGAGUUCAAGAUGCAACGCUUGGACUUUAUGGUACGCGCCGGCCUUGGCCCAUGCGUCCGGAGGAAGUCCCAGCCGACGCAAGUCACAUUGGCAGACAGUCACACGCACAAGUCAAUUGGCCGGUGCAUUGAUGACGUCCCCGUGUACUUUGUCCCGCAUGCAAGCAAGGCGGUGUCCUUUGAUAUUUUGGACACCAAAUUCGACAUGAUCUUGGGCAUGUCAUGGCUGCGAAGCGAGGAUCACCCGGUGAACUUCUUCAACCGCACCGUUCACAUUCAUGAUCGGAACGGAGUACUAGUUCCAUGCACGGUGCCGCUUCCUCAUCCUUCAACCAACUGCCACGUGGUAUCCGCCGCAAGCAUGCGAGCAUCCAUCAUCAGAGACGACAUCGAGGAGAUGGGGGUAUGUUUUCUCCACGCCCUCCCGCCCCGAGACCCUUCAUCGACGGACUCAUCUUCGGAUCCACGCAUCACCGAGCUUCUCGACGCUUACAGCGACGUGUUCGAAGGCCCGCACGGAGUAGUACCGGAUCGGCCCAUCCGCCACGAGAUCAUCCUCGAGCACGGGGCCGUACCUCUGCGCGAUUGCAUCUACCGAAUGAGCGAGGAAGCGGCCAAGUACAAAGCCAACCGCGACAAAUGCGAAUUCGUGCGGCAGGAGCUGGAGUACUUGGGACAUUAUGUGACGCCGCAAGGCAUCCGUCCGCUUGCGAACAAGAUUGAGGCCCCCCGCGUACGGCCCGACCCCACCAACACCACAGACGUUCGUUCAUUCAUGGGGUUGGCGGGCUACUAUCAGCGAUUCAUCACCGGAUACUCCAGGAUUGUUGCACCUAUGACGAGAUUACAAUCGCCAAAGGUGCCAUUCGUACUCGAUGACGACGCACGCCAGUCAUUCCAAGCACUUAAGACGGCCAUGCUUAUGGCACCCGUCCUUAGCAUCUAUGACCCCACCCUGCCUACGAGAGUGACAACUGACGCUUCUGGCUAUGGCAUUGGGGCAGUCUUGGAACAACACAACGGCGACGACUGGCACCCUGUGGAGUAUUUCAGCCACAAAGUGCCUCCCAUCAACUCGCUUGAUGAUGCAAGGAAGGAGCUGCUCGCGUUCGUGAUGGCUCUCAAGCGAUGGCGGCACUUCGUCCUUGGGCGUCGUAGGUUCACAUGGGUUAUGGACAACAACCCACUGACUUACUACAAGACGCAGGAUACGGUGAGCAGCACGAUCGGACGAUGGAUAUACUUCAUCGACCAAUUUGACUUCACACUGAAACAUCUUCCCGGCCUCUCCAAUCGCGCAGCAGAUGCACUCUCGCGAAGACCUGAUCUUUGCACUAUGACACAUCAUGCCUUCGCAUUCAACGAGGAACUUCAGCGACACUUCAUCCGGGGAUAUGAGUCGGAUCCGGAMUUUGCCACGUUGUAUGCGCAGCUAUCUUCGGAUCACCCGCGCCAGCCACUAUCACAUUUGCGACGGGUACUUGCUCCUCCACUCGAGAGGCAAGGACUUAUUGUGUGUCCCACGAGACCGUCGUCUUCGGACUCGCCUUCUCGCGACCGUGGCACUCGCUUCAUGUCGACAUUUUGGACUGCUCUCAUGCAGGAGUCCGGCACGAAGAUGAAACCAAGUUCGGCUUGGCAUCCACAGACAGACGGGCAGGCGGAGCGGGCACAUCAAACCGCUCAAAUGAUGCUUCGUACGCUCAUCCGUCCGGACCAGAAAGAUUGGGUUGACCGCCUCCCCGACAUCGAGUUCGCCUGCAACACUUCGGUGCACCCGGCGAUCGGCGUCACUCCAUUCGAGUUGCACCAUGGUGGACAGAAAGGCCGUAUCUUCGCCGACCUUCUCCUCCCACGACCAGCCGACAUCGACGCCGCUUGCUCUCCCGCUUCCGUCCGGAAGUACAGGGAAUUGCUGGCUCAAGCCUGCGCAAACAUGCAAAAGGCUCAAGUCCGCAUGCAGCAGCAAGCCAACAGGCGUUGCGUGCCAUGUCCCAUCCUCGUCGGUGAUCUGCUUUGGGUCUCCGCGGAAGAGUUUGCACUGGAACAGGAUGUUUCACGCAAACUGCUUCCCAAGUGGUUUGGACCAUGGCCCAUAACAUCAGCCGCGGGCGAUGAGCCCGAUGGCCCUUCAUUUGUGAUCAACAUCCUGGUGCACCUGAUGGUCCAUCCAGUCUUUCACGCCUCGAAGCUGGCAACAUAUACACCAGCUAAGAGCGACGACUUCCCAGGACGACGAUCGCAGGACCCUCCAUCUAUGGAUGGUCAUCACGAGGUUGACCGCGUCAUCACGGAUCGCAAGUACAACAACAAGCCUCGUCAGUACAAAGUUAAAUUCAGAGCAUGCGAUCCCGACGACACUCGGUGGAUUUCAGGAACAGAUUUGAAAGCAUCCGCCUUGCUGAUCUACGCUCACUACGAGCGACAAAGGUUCGCUCAGGGACCUUCACGACCUGCCCCUCCAACAUGCACUGUGGUCCCUCCCUCAAACAGACAGCUUCGCCCUCGCAACGAGAACCACCCGGUGAACUUCUACCGCCGGACCGUUCACGUUCGUGACCGGAAUGGGGUACUUGUGCCAUGUACAGUCCCCCCACCUCACCCUUCGAUUGGUUGUCACGUGAUCUCCGCGGCAAGCAUUCGCAACUCCAUCACACGGAACGACGUGGUAGAAAUGGGCAUUUGCUUCUUGCACGCCCUCCCUUCUCCCGACGAGCCAGCUGCAAAACAGCAACUGGAUCCAUGCACUGUACAACUUCUUGACUCCUAUGGCGACGUUUUUGAAGCCCCCGUCGGAAUCGUACCAAAUCGGCCAACUCAUCAUGAGAUCAUCCUCGAAGACGGGGCCAUACCUCCGCGCGGAUGUAUUUACCGCAUGAGCGAGGAGGAACUCAAAGUGCUACGGACGCAACUCGACGACCUCAUUGACAAGGGUUGGAUUCACCCUAGCUGCUCGCCCUACGGUGCACCCGUUCUCUUCGUUGGGAAGAAGAACAAGGAGUUGCGCGUAUGCAUUGACUAUCGUAAGCUUAACGCUCAAACCAUCAAGCAUGUCGGCCCGCUUCCACGCAUCGACGAUCUUCUCGAGCGCUUGGGUGGCGCCAAGUACUUCUCCAAGUUGUACCUCAAGGCCGGUUACCACCAGCUCGAGAUCCAUCCAAGAGAUCGCUACAAAACUGCGUUCAAGACACGGUACGGGCACUUCGAGUGGGUCGUAAUGCCAUUCGGCCUUACGAAUGCCCCAACCACCUUCCAAGCGGCAAUGACAACGAAGUUUCGCGAUAUGUUGGACCAGUUCGUGCUGAUCUACCUUGAUGACAUCUUGGUGUAUAGCCAGACUUUGGACGAGCACAUCGUGCAUCUAUGUGUUGUUUUGGACAGGCUAUGUACGGCCAAGUACAAGGCCAACCGAGUCAAGUGCGAAUUCGCGCAGCAAGAGCUCGAGUACUUGGGCCACUUUGUGACGCCGCAAGGCAUCCGUCCGCUUGCGGACAAGAUCAAGGCCAUCCAAGAUUGGCCGGAACCGACCAACACCACAGAAGUCCGCUCUUUUAUGGGAUUGGCCGGGUACUACCAAUGCGUCAUCAGAGGAUACGCACGGAUUGCCGCACCCUUGUCAAGAUUGCAGUCUCCAAAGGUGCCCUUCCAGUUCACCGACGAAGUCCGCACUUCAUUCCACAAAUUGAAGACAGCGUUGCUCCUUGCUCCCGUCUUGAGUAUCUACGAUCCCACCUUGCCUACGAGAGUGACUACGAACGCUUCCGGCCACGGCAUGGGUGCAGUUUUGGAACAGCACGACGGAGUAGAUUGGCAUCCGGUUGAGUACUUCAACCAAAAGGUGCCUCCCAUCAACUCGGUUGAUGAUGCGCGGAAGGAGGAGUUGCUUGCUUUUGUCACAGUACUCAUGCGUUGGUGACACUUCCUCCUCGGGCGUCGUAGGUUCACUUAGGCUACGAACAAUAACCCAUUGACCUACUACAAGACGCAAGACACGGUGA